AUGAAUAGCAUCGGGCCACAUCUUCGGUUCCCACUUCCCUUCCUCCCCUCUGGUUCACGGAGCAUUCACGUUCUUCCAUCCAUAGAAACUUCUCAUCAUCUUUCUCCAUCAGACGCAGGAAGAACGCUUUACAGAACCAGUUUUCAGACAACCCAAAAGGAAAAAUCAUCGCCGAAGUCUCCUUUCAGGUUUCCUGAAACUCUCCCCAAAGCUCGAACACUUACAGAAUUCAUGCUUCAAUGGCCAUCACUUCUCUCUAUUUCCACCCCCCUUCUCUCGGUUUUCCAUCAGCCGCAUCUUCCUCUGCAUCAUCAUUAUCAUCAUCUUCUUCUUCCGUCUUUAAUGGCGGGUCAGUUCUCAGGACCCACAAGGCCUUCCUCGCUCUCACCCCAUCUCCUUCUUCUUGUCAAGAUACGAAGAGGGUCUUCUCUACUCGCCCCGGAACGGUGAUUUCAGCUUCUUCCGACUACUAUUUCACUCUCGGGGUUUCCAAAUCCGCCAGCAAUAAGGAAAUCAAGGCUGCUUAUCGAAGGUUGGCUCGCCAGUACCAUCCUGAUGUCAACAAGCAGCCUGGAGCAACAGAAAAAUUUAAGGAGAUUAGUGCGGCCUAUGAGGUUCUAUCAGAUGAUAAAAAGAGGGCUUUAUAUGAUCAAUAUGGUGAAGCUGGAGUUAAGAGUGCAGUUGGGGGACAAGCUGGUGCUUAUACGACUAAUCCUUUUGAUCUAUUUGAAACAUUCUUUGGACCAAGCAUGAGUGGUUUCCCUGGUAUGGAUCAAAUGGGAUUUAGAACACGGCGUCGUAGUACCGUUACUAAGGGUGAAGAUAUACGUUAUGACAUGAUUCUAGAAUUUUCUGAGGCUAUCUUUGGAGCUGAAAAAGAAUUUGUGCUUUCCCAUCUGGAAACAUGUGAAGCUUGUGCUGGUACUGGAGCAAAAAUAGGUUCCAAGAUGAGAAUAUGCUCAGCUUGUGGUGGCAGGGGUCAAGUCAUGAGAACUGAGCAAACACCUUUUGGCAUGUUUUCACAGGUUUCUGUAUGUCCAAAUUGUGCUGGUGAUGGUGAAGUAAUUUCGGAGUACUGUCGAAAGUGCUCUGGUGAAGGACAUAUUCGUGUUAAGAAAGAUAUCAAAGUUAAAAUUCCUCCUGGAGUCAGCAAGGGCAGUAUUCUCAGGGUUGCGGGUGAGGGUGAUGCUGGACCAAAAGGGGGCCCUCCAGGAGAUCUUUUUGUAUAUCUUGAUGUAGAAGAGAUACCAGAGAUUCAAAGAGAUGGCAUAAAUCUCAGUUCAACAGUUUCUAUUAGUUAUUUAGAUGCAAUACUAGGGGCUGUUGUUAAGGUGAAGACAGUUGAAGGUAUCAGUGAACUACAGAUACCUUCGGGUACUCAACCAGGGGAUGUUCUAGUCUUGGCCAAGAAAGGUGCACCAAAGUUGAACAGACCCUCAAUACGUGGUGACCAUUUAUUCACAAUUAAAGUCACCAUACCAAGGCGUAUCGGUGUUAAAGAGCGUGAAUUGCUUGAAGAACUUGCUUUUCUAGUUAACAAAACAAGCAGCAGUCGAGGAACUCGCCCUAAGGCCCAGCCAACCCCUGAACGUGCUGAAGGCCAAGUGGAUGCUGUUACAGACAGAGCUGAGGAAUCAGGAGAUCAGAAUGACUUGUGGCAUAAGUUCAAAGAUUUUGCAGGGUCUCUUGCAAAUGGAGCUCUGAAAUGGUUGAAGGACAAUCUCUAAUCAAUUUUUUCCCCAUUACGUGAAAUCUAAACUCAUUUGUACCCACUACAUUUGUGUAAUGUCAGGCUAUAGGUGUUUUUUUUUUCACCUUUUGACUGGCCGCAGGACUCUGCUCCCUUUAGCCUCAAGGUUUUGAUCGAGCAUCCCCAGUGGGUAUUCUUUUAUUGUUUUUUCAUUUGUAAAUUAUGGUAUUGCGUGAAUUGAUACAGUUUCACCCAUUCAAGUGUAUCAAUUUGGUAUAAUAUAAGCAGGAUGGCAAGUGGCAAUAGCUAGUGAAUGUAA